GUAGCUGGAGUAACAGAUUCAUUUGCUAUAUUUUUCGGUGGUACAUCUUUAUUGAUUUUGGUUGGUGUAGUACUAGAUACUUUACAACAAAUUGAAAGUUAUCUGUUGAUGAGAAAAUAUGAUGGGAAUGUAAUAGUUAUGAUCUAUUACAAGACUGAUGAGGAGAUAGAAUUAAUGCGUGAGAGCAAUUUACUGGUUAGUAAAACUCUUGCACAUGUUGCGGGAUUACUAAAAGUAGGUGUCUCAAGUAAAACUGUUGAUAAGGAAGCCGAAGAUUUUAUAAGGUCACACGGUGGUGUGCCUGGGUUUAAAGGAUAUCGUGGUUUUCCUGCGUCAUUAUGCAUGUCUGUAAAUGAUGCUGUUGUACAUGGUAUACCAAACAGCACUGUUUAUACUGAUGGGGAUGUAGUUUCCAUAGAUUGUGGUGUUAUACUCAAUGGGUUUUAUGGUGAUGCAGCUUUUACAUUUGCGUUUAAGAACGCUGGUGAAAAAGUAGAGAAGCUUUUGAGAGUAACUCGAGAAUCAUUAGAACGUGGUAUAUCAAUGGCUCUAGUUGGAAAUAGAAUAGGUGAUAUAAGCCAUGCCAUACAGCACUUUUGUGAAAGAGUUAAUGGUUAUGGAAUUGUUAGGGAG